AUGAAGAUAGAGGGUCAAAAGGGAAGGAUUCCACUAUGUGCACUAAACCAAUUCAAAGAAUUGUUGUUUCCUAUGAAAGAAUUAUUAGGAGAUAAAAAGGAACAUAGCAAAUAUAUGCUGGGAGAAUUAGUAAUGUGUCAAGAAAAUUUGGUACAAAAAGCUGUGGAUACACUUCUUGAUAAUGGAAUUCAUGGACAAUCAAUAAGGGAUGGUCAUAAUAAGGUUUAUAAGUUGUUUUCAGAGUUUACUAAAGGCAAAGAGGGAACAUUUCGUGAAACUUGCUUGGCAAACGAGUUCAUUAUUUGGGAUGUUUUGUCAUUGUUGUUAGUCCCUCACUUUCAUUACAUUGCCGUAAAUUGUCUCGUGAAAUAG